AUGGGGCUAAGAGCUGCCAUCCUCUUCAUACUCUGGAUGGCACUUUCCUGUGCCAACGAAAUCAGGAAAGGAAGGACAAGAAACCAUCACCACUAUGUCUGCAGCACUUGGGGAAACAACCACUUCAAAACCUUUGAUGGAGAUGUCUACCAGUUCCCGGGCGUGUGCGAGUACAACUUCGCCUCUGACUGCCGAGGGGCUUACAAGGAGUUCUCUGUCCACGUCCAACGUGCUCUGAGCCACAACAACCACCCCCAGAUCCAGUAUAUUCUGCUGACAAUCAAGGACUUCACGGUGUACCUCAGACCAAAAGUGGCUGUGGUGGACGGGAGGAUCGUGAAGACCCCUUACUACAGCUCUGGUGUGCUCAUUGAGAGCAAUGACAUUUACACCAAGGUUUAUGCCAAAUUAGGCCUGAUUCUGAUCUGGAACCAGGAAGAUGCACUGAUGGUGGAGCUGGACAGCAAAUUUAACAACCGUACCUGUGGGCUCUGUGGGGAUUACAAUGGAAUCCCAAUCUACAAUGAGUUUAUCAAUGGAGAUGAAAGCUACAACGCAAUUACCUAUGGGAAUUUACAGAAAAUCAGCAAACCCAAUGCCAAAUGUGAAGACCCUGACGAAACACAGGCUCUCCCAAGCUGUAACGACCAUCGGGAUGAGUGUGAGAGGCUGCUGACUUCCCCUGCCUUUGCUGACUGUCGCCUACGCCUCCAGCUGGAGAUGUACAUCCAAGCCUGCAUGCAGGACAAGUGUGCCUGCCGAGGGGAGGAGGACUCCUUCUGCCUCUGCAGCACCAUCUCGGAGUACUCCCGGCAGUGCUCGCACGCGGGCGGCCGCCCGGGCGAGUGGAGGACGCAGCACUUCUGCCCCAAGACCUGUCCUAAGACCAUGAUCUAUAAAGAAAGCAGCUCACCCUGCAUGGACACUUGCUCCCACUUGGAGACCAGCAGCCUUUGUGAGGAACACUACAUGGAUGGUUGUUUCUGCCCUGAAGGCACGGUGUAUGAUGACAUCACUGCCCAAGGCUGCAUACCUGCCAGCCAGUGCCACUGCAAGCUGCAUGGGAAGCAGUACUCACCUGGAGAAAGCAUCACCAACGAAUGUGAAGAAUGCACCUGCAAUUCAGGCAGAUGGACCUGCAAGGAUUUACCCUGUCCAGGCACGUGUUCGGUGGAAGGAGGUUCCCACAUUACCACCUUUGAUGGGAAGAAGUACACCUUCCAUGGAGACUGCUACUAUGUGUUGGCCAAGGGCACUGCAAACGACAGUCACGCUCUCCUGGCAGAACUGGCUCCCUGUGGCUCCACGGACAGGCAGACCUGUCUGAAGAGUGUUGUGCUGCUAGCAGAUAACAAAAAAAAUGUGGUGGUUUUCAGACCAGAUGGCAGCGUGCUGCUCAAUGAGAUGACAGUGAACGUGCCCCAUGUCUCAGCCAGCUUCUCAGUGUUCAAGCCAUCUUCCUACUACCUUGUUGUGCAGACUUCUUUUGGGCUUCAGCUGCAGAUCCAGCUGUCUCCAGUCAUGCAGCUGUUUGCAACUGUGGAUCAAUCAGUUCAAGGAAAGCUUCAAGGUCUUUGUGGAAACUUCAACGGGAUGGCAGGUGAUGACUUCAAAACCACGAGUGGGCUGGUCGAAGCUACAGGAUCUGCCUUUGCUAACACGUGGAAAGCUCAGUCCACCUGUGCAGACCAGGCAGAGAAGCUGGAAGACCCCUGCAGCCUCAGCAUUGAGAGUGCAAACUAUGCUGAGCAUUGGUGUUCUCUGCUGAAAAACCCAAAGGGCCCUUUUGCAAGAUGUCAUGAAGCCAUUGAUCCUUCAGAAUACUAUAAGAAAUGUAAAUAUGACACUUGCCUCUGUGAAGACAAUGAGGAGUGUUUGUGUGCUGCCCUGUCCUCCUACUCGAGAGCCUGUGCGUUCAAAGGGAUCAUCCUGGGAGGCUGGAGGAAAAGUGUCUGCAGUAAUGAAGUGUCUACCUGCCCAGGAAACCAAAUCUUCCUUUACAACCUCACCAUGUGCCAGCAAACCUGCCGUUCCCUUGCUGAUGGUGAAAAGUAUUGCCCCCAAGACUUUGCUCCUGUGGAUGGCUGUGGCUGCCCAUAUAACACCUACCUGGAUAACCAGGGAACCUGUGUGCCCAUCUCCAAGUGCCCGUGUUAUUACAAAGGGUCAUACCUGGAACCUGGGGAAUAUGUGGCAAAAGAUGGAGAACGCUGUGUUUGCCGAAAUGCAGAAAUCCAGUGCACAUCAGUGAAAAUAAGAAUGAAAAGUGUCCCAGAGUGUUCUCCUGGCAAGACUUACUUUGACUGCAAGACCUCCCCAAAUCGAACCUCACAAACCCCUGCCCAGCUCAGCUGUCACGCUCCCCAAGCCGAAUACUACCAGACAGAGUGUGUCCCGGGCUGUGUGUGUCCUGAAGGUCUCUUUGAUGAUGGGAGAGGGGGCUGUGUUCAGAAGAAGGACUGUCCCUGCUUCCAUAACAACCAGUGGUAUUCUCCUGGACAGAAGGUGACUGCAGACUGCAACACUUGUACCUGCCAAGAAGGAUUUUGGAGCUGCACGAAUUAUGUGUGCUAUGGGACGUGUAUGAUCUAUGGAAGUGGCCACUACAUCACCUUUGAUGGAAAAUUCUAUGACUUUGAUGGGAGUUGUGAAUAUGUGGCUACACAGGAUUUUUGUGGUGACAAUUCCACUGGCUCGUUCAGUAUCAUCACAGAGAAUGUUCCCUGUGGAACUACAGGAGUCACCUGCUCAAAGGCUAUUAAGAUGUUUCUUGGGAAAACGGAGCUGAAGCUGGAAAACAAGGAUUACAAAGAAAUCCAGCGUGAUGUUGGGGAUGACGUGCGGUACUGGAACAGGACAGUGGGGCUCUACCUCGUUAUCGAGGCUAGCAAUGGUGUGAUGCUCAUCUGGGACAGGAAGACGACUCUCUUCAUCAAGCUGACCCCUGAUUACAAAACCAAACUGUGUGGUCUGUGUGGCAACUUCGACGACAAGUCUAGCAAUGACUUUACAACAAGGAGUGGGCUGCAGGAGACCAAUGCACUGAAGUUUGGGAAUUCCUGGAAACAGUCUCCCAUGUGCCCAGAUGUCACCCAAGAGAUAAAGCCCUGUGAUAUGAAACCCCAUCGGAAGUCCUGGGCGGAGAAAGAAUGCAGCAUCAUCCGGAGUGAAGUCUUCAAGAUCUGUCACUCCAAGGUGGACCCGAUGCCCUUCUAUGAAGCUUGUGUCCACGACGCCUGCUCCUGUGACAGCGGGGGGGACUGUGAGUGCUUCUGCUCCGCCGUGGCCGCCUACGCCCAGGAGUGCAUCAAGGCUGAAGCUUGUGUGUUCUGGAGAACUCCUGAUAUAUGCCCUAUAUUUUGUGACUACUACAACCCUCGUAACGAGUGUGACUGGCACUAUGAGCCUUGUGGCAGCAACAUCACGACCUGCAGGAUGAUUAACAACGUCAGCACCAACUUCACAGUGCCAUACUUGGAAGGUUGCUACCCCAGAUGCCCUGAGAACAAGCCUGUUUAUAAUGAAGACACAAAGGAAUGUGUGCAAGCAGAUCAGUGUGGCUGUUACAUCAAUGGCACUUACAUUCCUCUUUGGAACGAAACCAUCACAGAAGAGAAUUGCACAAAAUGUGUGUGUGGCCCCUCAGGAACAAUAGAGUGUAAACCACUCCCAGGGUGUCCUUGUAUCAUCAAUGGAACCAGUUAUGAAGUGGGUGAAGUUGUGGCAAGCGUACAGGAUGGAGAGAACUGUACAACAUACGUUUGUGGUGAAAAUGGCUCUAUAGUCAUUGGAAAGACUUUUCCUUGUCCAACACCUUCUUCACCAACAACCCUUUCAACCUCCUCUCCUACCAGUACUCUUACCACCACAGUCAGCACUACAAGACGUCCACCAGCUACAACUCCAUGUUUUGAAUUUAUCUGUGACUGGACUGAGUGGUUUGAUGUCAGCAAACCUGAAGAAGAUGGUGGUGACUAUGAAACCUAUGAAGCAAUAAGAAAAGAGCACGGAGACAAAAUAUGUCAAGCUCCUGAAGAAAUUGAAUGCAGGGCUACGGAUAAGCCUGAUGUGAGCUUAGAGGAACUUGGGCAGAAGGUAGAGUGUAAUGUCACCUAUGGGCUGAUCUGCAGAAAUGAGGAGCAAGACGUGACUAUGUGGCAGCUUUGCUAUAAUUAUGAAAUCAGAGUAAAUUGCUGUGAGUGGCGUGAAACUUCUUGUGAGACGACGACGCGUCCAACACCAACUUCAACGCCAACCACCAGGAGCACAACAGUACCCACCACCACUACCACCAGGCAGACAACCACCACCACCACCACCACGCCCACACCCAGCCCAACCGUCACCGCUCCAGUACCUUCAACUUCUCCAGCCCCACCACCAUCUACAGCAAGCACAGUACCCCCUCCACCCAUAUCAACAACCACCCCCCGGCCAACACCAUCACAGCCUCCCAGCACCACCACCACCACCACCACCACGCCCCCCAGCAGCACCACCAGCAGGACCCUGGGGACAACGACAAGUGUUCCUGUUCCAUCAACACCCACCACAACUGUUGGUAGCACGUCCGUGUCCACACCAAUACACACCACCACCCCAAUAG